GCUAUAAGUUUACAUUACUUAUCAAAAAAAUAAAUAUAUUAAUUUAUGGAUAAUUAAUACAUUUCAAACAAGGAUUUGACAGAAAUAUCACCAUCAAAUGACUCUGGCUUAACUACUGAUGUCUCAGUAUGUGAUGUAACUUUUCAACUUAAUAAGGACUCACCGGAUCGUUGUCAGUCAAACAAUGAAUUGAAUGAGUUAGACAAAACAAUUCUUCAGAAAACUGAAGUCUCAAAUAAAUUUAUAAAUUAUAUAACAAAUACUAUUGAUAACACAUUAAAUCCAAUGGAUGAUUCAAAUACAGACAGGAGAAAAGUCACAAUUAGUGAACCAUCAGAUAAGCUAAGUCAAGAUAUUCAAUUAAAAGCUGAACAAAUUCUUACUGAUUUACGUUCAUUACCAUUGAAUUAUCCUAUAAAAAGAAAAAGAAAGCCUAAUAUGAAAAAUUUAAGUUCAACUGCACUUAAUAAAAAUAAACAUGAAGAUGAUGAAAUCGGAGAUCUAGAUGAUAAUGAUGUAACUGCUCUAUUAUCUGAUGGUGGAGAUGAUGAUAGUAGUGAUGAAUAUAAGGAAACAUUACAACUUAUAAAUGAUGAUAAUCAAAUGAAAUCACCGAAUAGAACUAGUUCCAAGAAGUUUGAAAAUAUACAACAUAAAUCUAAUUUAUUAAAUAUACGUUGUGAUAUGUUACAAAAAUAUAUUCAUUAUUUAGAAGCACGUAAAUGUUCAUUAGAACAUUCUAUUAUAGAAUUAAAUCAAUAUUUUGAAAGAAAUCAACAACAACAACAACGACAACAACAACAACAAAAUAAAAGAAAAGAAAAUGAAUGUAAAAUAGAUUCACAACAAUUUGAAGAAAUACUUACAAAUCAAAGUAUUGCAUUAAUUAGAGAAAAAGAACAAUCUACACAAUAUCGAUUAAAAUAUGAAUCAGUUGAAGCUGCACGUUUUGAAUUAAGUCAACAACUUCAAUUAACUUCAUCUGAAUAUGAUGCAGAUAAGAGAUUUUAUCAAAAACAAAUUAAACAAUUAGAAGAAGAAAUUCAAGAACGUAUCAAUAAGGCAAAUGAUAUUAAAUAUGUUAAUGAACAAUUACAAAAUGAAAUACUAAAUUUUAAAAGUCAAAUAAAUUCCCUUAAAGAGGAAUUAAAACAAAAAGAAUAUGAAAUGAAUAUGAUUGGUCAGUGUUAUGAUCAGAAAAUAAAGGAAGAAAAUGAACAACAUCAAUUAGAAAUUGUAAAAUUACAAAGAGAAAUAACCGACCUAUCAGAUAGAACUUCGAAAGCAUCUACAAAAUCUGAAUAUGAAAUUGAUACAUUAAAUACACAUUUAAGGAUAAGUCAAAAUAAAAUUCAUGAUUUAUUAUGUGAAAAAGAAUAUCUCUGUAAACAACUUCAAGAUAUUACUCAUAAAUUAAAUAUUAGUAGUCAAGAAAAAGAAGAACUACAAAAGAAAAUGGAUAGUGAGUUAUUGAAAACAAAACAAGAGAAGGAAAGUGAAUUCAUGGAAAUUCAAACAAAUUUAAAAGAUCAUAAAAGUAAACUAAAUGAAAUCCAACUAAAAUAUGAUACAGAUAUUGAAACAUUGAAGAGGAAUCAUGAAGUAGAAAUUGAAAAGUUAAAAAUUGAUUUGAAAGGAAAUGAAUCUUUGAACAAUCAACUUAAGUGUUAUAUCAAUACAUUGGAAAAUUGUAUUUAUAAUUCAACACAACAGAAACAAUUCUGUAAUGAACAAAUACAAACUGAUAUAUGCUUAAAACCAAUAGGAUCAAAUGAAGAGAGUCAAAAAUCAAACAAUUUGAAAGAUAUUUCUUCUGAGCCUAAGGUCCCGUCGACUAACUUCCCGAUUGUUAAUAUGAAUAACAAUUCGAAUUUGAAAUAUUUAACGAGUGUUAAUAAAUCUACAGAGACUAGUCCUGCAUAUUUAGAUUCAAUUAUGAAUAAUAAAAAUGUACAAUUGUCAAAACAUAAAGAUUAUCAACAGCUUAUUGAUAAUUAUGAAAAUAAAUUAUCACAUUUACACUUUUGUUUACAUCAAUUACAUCAUGAUUAUGAUUCAUUAAUUCAUUUAUUUAAUAAUACUAUUUAUGGAAUAAUUAAAUUUGGUAAUCGAGAAUGUAAUCGUUUUAGUAAAUUAUUAAAUAUAUCUAAUCAAGAAAUUGAAAUUCCUUCAUCAUUAUUACAUUUAAAAUUAUUUCAUCCAUUGAAAACAUUGAAUCAAAAUGGAAGAAUUUCAAAUUUAACUGAGAAUACUUUAAUUAUCAAGAGUUGGAUAAAUCCAUUGAUAGAUGUAAUUGGUAAAUUAUCAGCAUAUUGUAUAAGAAUAUGUGAUUUAAUUGAAUCACAACAAGAUCAUUUAGAAUGGCAAUCAGAAAAUGUUAAUGAACUUCGUGAUAUAACUAGAAAACAAAUUGAAAUGCAAAAUAAGCAAUUAAUAAAAACACGUAAAGCUAAUUUGAAUCGUUUAAGAAGUUGUUUAAAACAAAACCAGCAUAAUCCUUCAUUAAAUGAAGUAAAUAGUAUUUUAUCAAAGGAUCAUUCGGAUUCACAUCCUAUGGUAUACACUAAUGGUAAUUCAGAUAAAAAUAUUGGAUCAAAACUUGAUUAUAAUAUGUCUACAUUAAAAAAUUCAAUGUAUCCACUUAAAUCAGUCGAUUCGAAUCCAUACUUCAAUGAUAAUAUGAAUAAACUAAUAGAAACACAACAUCAUGGCUAUUCUCCAGUAUCUGGAGUGAAUGGAUCAUUUAAUAAAUCACCUCCACCACGUUUACUUCAUAAAAAUAGUAAUAUUUCUCCAUAUGAAAAUAUGAAAUGUUUCAAUAAUAGUGAAAACCCAUAUAAUCAAGAUGGUCAGUUUUAUUCAUCUUUAGAUAUAGAUACUUGUUUCACAAAAUGGUUAAACGCUGCUUAUCGUCGACAUACCUCCCAAUCUUCUUUGAUGUCAAAUAGACUACUAUCAAUGAAAUAAUUUACUCAGUAAUAAACCAAACAAAAUGUAUGAAGAUAAAACAAAUAAUCUUUUCAUCGAUUCAUGAAAACCUCUCAGAAUAAUCUUGGAGGCCUUAUUUAUUUUUUUGUACUUACUUUUAUAUUUUAAGCCAAUAUAUGAUUUAUUUGCUACCUAUUAUUAAUGUCCAAUCAUAGAUACAAUUAGUCAUGUGUUAAUAUGCACAUCAGUAUGAUGAGGGAAGAAUUUUACAAAAUGAUAAAGAUACUAAAUAUCUGUUGUUGUUUUUUCUACGAGAUAAACAGUAGGUCAUCAGUACUGUCUUCUCUGUUGAUUUUCUUAUCAUGAACAUUUCGUUUAGUUUAAUAGGGAUGUGAUUAACUUUAAGAUUUUCCUUCCUUUUCAUAUUAUCAUUUCUAUUCAAUUAGUUCAUAGACUGUACUUAUUAUUGUUUUUUGAUUACAUAACAAUUAUUUUUAUUUUCAAUGAAUUUACAUAGUGAAAAAAAGUAAUGACAUUGUAAUAAUUUAUGGCCUAUGAUGAAUGAAACAUUUUUUUUAAAUUUUAUAUGUUAUUUUCGAAAUGUUAUUGGAUUGGUGCU